GGUCACAUGCUAGUCAAGCUGGAUCAGCUGACACUGAACACUUCUGUUUUUCACGCUCCAACUGAGCGCUCCCUUAGCCAUCUUAUUUCAUAAAAAUCGUCAUCAUUAUCAUUAUUUUUUUUAGUGGUGUUUACCGGUGCCGAGCUCACGGUUCGUUCGCUUAUCUACUGAGCACACCGCCGAAUCAAUGCUGCUGGAGUGGAUGAUGGACGGACACGCCAUUCUUUACACGGGGGUCACUUUGGCCUUCUGGAGCACAAUACUCGUCGUCGGUAUAUGCUAUACAAUAUUUGAUUUAGGGUUUCGCUUUGAUGUAGCAUGGUUCCUCACAGAGACGUCACCAUUCAUGUGGGCCAAUCUAGGCAUCGGUUUGGCCAUCUCGCUGUCUGUAGUCGGAGCAGCUUGGGGAAUCUACAUCACUGGCUCAAGCAUCAUUGGCGGUGGAGUCAAGGCUCCACGCAUUAAAACCAAAAAUUUAGUCAGCAUCAUUUUCUGUGAAGCUGUGGCAAUCUAUGGGAUCAUCAUGGCCAUUGUUAUCAGUAACAUGGCUGAGAGCUUCAGCGGAACAACUCCAGAGACCAUCGGGGCAAGGAACUACCAGGCCGGCUACUCCAUGUUCGGCGCAGGCCUGACGGUGGGCUUCUCCAACCUCUUCUGCGGUAUCUGCGUGGGUAUCGUCGGCAGUGGGGCGGCGCUGGCCGACGCCCAGAACGCCAGCCUCUUUGUCAAGAUCCUUAUUGUGGAGAUCUUUGGCAGUGCCAUCGGCCUCUUCGGUGUCAUUGUGGCCAUCCUGCAGACGUCAAAAGUAAAGAUGGGCGACUAAGGAGAGGACAAGAGGAAGAUGACAACACCGCUGGAAAAAUAAGUUGUGUAAAUACACCGUAAAUUAUUUGAAUGUUGCUAUUUGCCGUGUAUUGUCUUCAAUUGUCAUUUCAAGAACAAGUGUUUAUCCACACUCUUACUGAAAGAUGGUUGAAAAUAAGACUAUUGAGUAUUUGAACAUGUCUUUUGGAUGUGUGUGUGAGUGUGUACCCCUUUCCUGUGAAGCAUGAGCUUGUUUAGAAUUGUUCAUUGCGCUUGCCUGGUCCGCGAGAGACCUGCUUACUCAGUAGCGCCCCCUCGAAAGGUAAACAAUUCAGCCCCUGACACCAGCGUCAUGUAUGAGUGAGUAAUUUGGUGGACUUUUUUUUUUUUUUAUCAUGAGGUCCCAUGUCUGAAAUUAAAGAGGGUGAGGCCCUACUUGGGAAUUCACCUAAAUGAGUGCAAAUCCAAAACAGUCAAGAGGGUGAAUCUGAGCUACAUUAUAGUUGAGCAUGUAGAAAAAAUAAUGUAAACUUCAAAUGUAAAAUUUUUAAUUUUGUGUUAUUUUUCUGUCAUUCUUUUUCUUUUUUUACGCACUGUUGUCUUCAUUUAUUGUAGUUGUAACAUUCCCUAACCUGGUCAUUGCUUCAUUGUGAAAGCUUGUGGUGAUAUCCUGUUUGAUAUAUCAGUUUUACCUGAUGCAACGCCAUCUAUUAAUUAUUAUGAUGAAGUUGUGAAAGACUAUUCAAAUGAAUUGUCAAUGUUGCAAAAGUAAUAUCACCUUUACAUGAUUAAGCCUGAAAGGAAGGUGUGUACCAAAACUCCAUAUUUUUGUCAGUGAUCUGCGUGAGUGUGUGUAAUUAUGUUGACGUGAUGGUGACAAGAAAGUAAAUGUCCAAUAAAAAUAAAUCGUGUCCUCAUAAAA